AUGGCGAUCUCUGACACCUGCGGUAACUUUGAUCGUUUGGAUUCGGUUAUAUUUACCGAUUCCGGCGUUUGGCGGCCUUUGAGACCAGCUGAGCGUAUCUUUAACCUUGUCUUGAAUUCCUCUAGCAGAUUUCGUGAUUCAUUUAUGCGGAUGCAGUUGCUGGAUCCUGAGGACAAGGUGCGAAGGGAGAUCCAGAGGCUUAAGGAGCAACGUGCCCGUGGGCGUUGGAGUAGGAAGUUGGCAGCUAAAGCUGAAAGGUCAGCUCGGAACUUUAGAGCUUUCCUUAACUCUGAUAAGGUGGCGCUUGAGAACUCUCAGAAUGAAGAACUGCCUGAAAUAUUUUUUAGGGAAGUCUCAGGAAGAUCCAUCCAGUUUGGCUCACUUCACUUUGAUCAAGUUGAUGCUCGAUAUUCUGAAGUUGCAAGUUCAUCAGACAGUGUCUGGUUCGAUCGGGCUUAUGCUCGAAAUUCUGAAUUUGCAAGCUCGUCAGGCAGUGCGAGCUUUGAUCAGGUUAAUGCUCAAAAUUCUGAAGCUGCAAUUUCAGGCAAAGUGAGCAUUGAUCAGGUUAAUGCCCGAAGUUCUGGACUUGCAAGCUCGUCAGGUAGUUUGGGAUCACUCCAAACAGAUGGUGAUGUACCAUUUCGCAGUUCACCUAUAGCUGCAUCUCCCCUGACUGGCCCAGGUUUUUACAGUUCAGGAUAUGUGACAGUUGAUAUAACAGACUGGGUUGUGCAUGGAGAGAGGUCUUAUGCAAACAAUUCUGUAAUAACAAGUUCAUCAGGCAGCAGACAUUUAUAUGCCCGUGAUGGUCUGGACCAAGCUUCUACAAUGGUGGAGGAUGUGCCUCCAACUCCAAAUAGACAAGAAGCAUCCAGCAGGGUAGAUGCAGCAUCUGAUGUACGAACACAGGCAAUUCCAGAACUGACAAAUAGGCUAGGUCCAAGGUUGGAGAACCAAAAUAAUGAUGACAGAGCGUCAGCUGCAGAAGCCUCCAAUGUUUCUGAAAAUCAUGGCAGCGAUGGUUCGUCUCAGAUAAAGUCAAAUGCUGGUUCCCAUGCAACCAAUGGUCUGCUUGUUGUCAAGAGAGCUCUUGCAUCUGAGAAUGAAGAACUGCAUGAAAGAAUCGCAAGGGAAGGCUUGGGAAGUUCCAUCCAGUUUGGAUCGCUUCACAUUGAUGAAGAUAAUGUUCAAAUUUCUCAAGUAGUAGGCUCAUCAGGCAGUGUGAGCAUAGACUUUAAUAAUGAAGCGCUUGAGAACUCUCUGAAUGAAGAACUACUUGAAAUAAUCGCAAGAAGAGGCUCAGGAGGUUUCAUCCAGUUUGGCUCACUGAACAUUGAUCAAGUUGAAUCUCAAAAUUCUCAAGUUGCAAGCUCAUCACGAAGUGCGAGCAUUAACUCUAAUAAGGAGGCGCUUAAGAACUCCCAGAAUGAAGAACUACAUGAAAUCAUUGCAAGGGAAGGCUCAGGAAGAUCCAUGCAGUUUGGCUCGCUUCACUUUGGUCAAGUUCAUACUCAAAAUGCACAAGUUGCUAGCUCAUCAGGAAAUGUGACCUUUAUUCGGGGUAAUGCUCGAAAUCCUGAAGCUCCAAGCUCAUCAGGCAUUGUGCGCAUGAAUCAGGUUAAUGCUCAAAAUUCUGAAGCUGCAUGCUCGUCAGGAAGUAUGAGGUUACUCCAAACUGGUGGUGCCAUACCAGUUCAUCGUUCACCAACAUUUGCAUCUCCACACGCUGGCCCAGAGUUUUACCAGUCAGGAUAUGUGGCAAUUGAUAUACCUGAUGGGCUUGUGGAAGAAGUGAGGUCUUAUGCAAAUGAUUCCACAAUUGCAAGUUCAUCCGGUGGAGAACAUUUAUAUGUCCAGGAUGGACAGGCCCAUACUUCGACAGUGGUGGAGGAUGUGCCUCCUACUCCAAAUAUACAAGUAGCAUCCAGUGCUCUGGAUGCGGCAUCUGGUGUACAAAUUCAUGGGAAUCCUGUACAACCUAAUGCGCAGCAUGCAAGUUUGGAGACCCAAAAUUACAAUGAUAGUUUUCCGGCUGCAGAAGCUUCACAUGGGUCAGAAAAUCACGGCGUUUAUGGUUUAGCUCAAACCAAUACAGUCGGGGCUCGCCCAACCAGCUCUCUGCUUGAUGUUAAUGUUGUCAUUUGUGGAAUCACUGGUCAGGCUAUUCUCAGCAUGAUGACGUCUAGUUCUACUGAUUCUAUGUUCCUACGAUUUUGCGCUGGAGCUACUUGUAUUGGAUUUUUUGGCAGUUUCUUAGCGAUCUUUGCUUCUAAAAAUCGCGGUAUAGCAAAAGUUAUGACGAAAAUUGGUGCUGUGGGUGCAGCAUUUGCUGUUAGCUUUGCUCUGGGAGCCACUGCCCUGAAAGACACUAAAUGGCAUCUGAAUGCUCUAGCCACUGUGAUCUCGUGCCUUAUCAGUGCUGUGGUAGUGGCAAAGGCUGAAUUAUAA